AUGCGAAUGAUUGGACGGUACUCCAGCAACGGAUACGGAGAAGGGGACUUAGGUUUUGCGCGUAUGGAACUAGAUGUGGAUGAACUUUGUUUAAGUAAACCUGGAUCUAUCGAGGGACUCGUGGACUUACUCAAUGUCACUACACUAGACGCUUUCGAGGUGGUAGGGGCAUUACUGGCCCCAGAGGAUUUGGGAGUACUUUCAUUACCCAGUGAGGAAUCUACAGAUGGCGCAGAUGUUAACCUAAGCGUCACACUGGGCUCAGUUGGCGUUAGAAUCUGCGAGGCAGCAAUGACUACCACGGGUAAUUUCGCUACCGGUUCGGAUCUCACGGAUGGUGGUAAAGCAGAACUUGUUGCUGGUCUACUAUAUUCCCUCCGGGAAAAGCGGUCCUUCGCGUCUUACAACUUGCAGGACUUGAAAAACGAGGCAGCAGUGGUUCUUGAAGCAAAUCGCGCUGAAUGUAAUUGCAGUGAUGAAGUGUUGCAAUUCAUGGAUCCAAGUCAUGUGAACAGCAUAGCAGAUUUGAUGCGCGUGCUUGCAGACGAUUAA